UGAUUUGGAAAUUGGUUUGGGUGAAGAUUUAUUCGAACUUGAAAUUUGUAUUUGGAGAAAAUAGCUCAUACGCGUGGGAACUCAUAACAAACACAUGGCACAAAGGAUCUGGAAAUAUAUGCACAUAUUUAACAAGCAAAAUAAAAUAUAAAUGGACAGCUCAUAGAGUUUCUGGUGGUUUCAUAAUUAAUGGUAUAGAUUACCAACUAGUAGAAUUAAGUCUGAUCAGCUGACUUGUGAAGGUUGAAAAUGAAGUAUGACAUUGGGUUGCUCUUCACAGUUUUGAUGAUUGGCAUUGUUGCCCUUUAUAGUUUCUUGAAGAAUGCAAAUGAAUGGUUUUGUGUGAAGAAAUUGGACAAAAGUCAAUGCAUUUUACCUCCAGGUGAUCUAGGUUGGCCUUAUAUUGGGAAUAUGUUGUCCUUUAUCAGAAGUUAUAAAUAUGGUGACCCUGAAUCCUUCAUCUCUUCAUUUACCACCAGGUAUGGCAAUGGAGGGAUGUACAAGGCGUUUAUGUAUGGGAAGCCAAGCAUCAUCAUUACAACACCAGAAACAUGCAGGCAGGUAUUGAUGGAUGAAGAACAUUUUGUGUUGAGCUUCCCAAAAUCAGUGACAGAUCUAACAGCAAAGAGAACAUUUCACGGAGUUACAAGGCAGCAGCACAAGCUUCUGCGACAGAUAACGACUGGUUCAAUCAUAGGUCCUGAGGCGUUAUCAAUCUAUAUUGACUAUAUCAAGGAGAUUGUUGUUUCUGUAUUUGAUAAGUGUGCUAGAAGGGAGGAGCCUAUUGAAUUGCUAACUGAAAUGAGGAAGUAUGCAUCUCAUGUGAUCAUGACUAUCAUUAUGGGUACAAAAAUUGAUCAGAAAUGGUUUGAUAUGUUUGAAACAGAGUUCGCUGUUUUUGUUGAUGGAAUUUUUGCCCUGCCAGUAGAUCUACCAGGAUUCUCUUACCACAGGGCACUCAAAGCGCGGGAGAACUUAGUCAAAAUAUUUCAAUUAGCAAUAGAUGAAAGGAGGGUCACCAAUGCUAGCGAUAAAUCUGGAACAAAGAGGAGUAUUUUGGAUUUAUUGCUGGAGAGCAAAGAUGAGGAGGGAAGGAAAUUCAGUGAGGAAAAGAUAGCCAACAUACUAAUUCUCUAUUCCUCUGGCGGCCAGAUAUCCACUGGCCCUACAGCUACGUGGGCGCUUCUCUACCUGCAAGAACAUCCAGAAUACUUGCAGAAAGCUAAGGAGGAACAAGAGGAUAUCGUAAAGAGAAGACCAUCAUCACAAACAUCGCUAACCCUGAGUGAGAUCAGACAAAUGAAAUAUUUGUCCAAGGUAAUCGAUGAAACACUACGCCUUGUUAAUGCCUCAUCACCAAUUUUUAGAGAAGCUACAAGUGAUGUUAAAAUGAGCGACUACACUAUACCUCAAGGGUGGAAGGUUUUGGUUUGGACAAGGAAUUUACAUAUGGAUCCUCAUAAUUAUCCGAACCCUAAGGAAUUCAAUCCUUCAAGAUGGGAUGAUCAUGAAACCAAGCCUGGGCAGUAUCUUCCCUUUGGAGCCGGACGUAGGUUUUGUCCUGGUGCAGACUUGGCCAGGCUUGAAAUUUCAGUUCUCCUCCAUUAUUUUCUUCUCAACUAUAGGCUUGAGCGGCUUAGCAAGAGCAAGGUGCAAUAUUUUCCAACGAUUAGGCAUACUGACAAUUGCCUUGCAAGAAUUAGGAAGCUGUCUGCAGAGAAUGUGUGAAGAUUACUGAUUCUUGGCAUUUCAGCUGAUGCCUUGCUUGAGCAGCUUGAAGGUCGCUAUGGAUCAAUCACAUACAUAAUUGAAUAAAUAAUUGGUAAAAGACUCAAAUAUACCACUGAACUAUUAGAAAUGACUCAUUUAUGUCAUUCGUUAAAAGUUGGACUCAUUCAUGCCGAGCCGUUACAAAACUGGUUCAUCCAUGUCAUUACUUUUUAACAACCGGUUUUUAAAAACAGUCUUACCACGUGGCAGCUUAUUAGAGGGCCAU